GCCACUUUUCCUCUUUUCUCUCCUCUGCACACAGUGAAUGAGUAUGUGUUCAUGGUCCAAGCCAGAGGGAUCCAGAUCCGAGAGAAUGUGAAGAACAUCGGGGCACAGGUGCUGGAGCAGGUGGUGAGAGGAGCGUACAGCGUCAACGGCACAGAUUAUUCCUAUGAUUUUAAUGUGAGUGAGAGUGAUGCUCCUCCCUCCACAUACCUGCCUGAGGGUUUCACCUACCUCCCCUCGCAGGUGUGUCCUGACAGGCUGCCCUCCAUGAAGGGCAGGUUGGUGGUGAACAUGAGCGAGGUUUCUCUGGAGGAGGUUGAGGGAUCCUUGCUGGAGGCGGAGCUGAGUGUAGCCCCAGGAGGUUUCUGGAAGCCCAAAGACUGUUUACCUCGAUGGAAGGUGGCCAUCCUCGUCCCAUUCAGGAACCGACAUGAACACUUACCAAUCCUCCUGAGACACCUGGUGCCAGUGCUGCAGAAACAGAAAAUCCAGUUUGCCUUUUAUGUCAUAGAGCAGGGCGGCACAGAGCCGUUUAACCGAGCCAUGUUGUUCAACGUGGGCUACAAGGAGGCGAUGAAGGACCUGGACUGGGACUGUCUGAUCUUCCAUGAUGUGGACCACCUCAUGGAGAACGACAGGAACUACUACGGCUGCACAGACAUGCCGCGACACUUUGCGGUCAAGCUGGACAAGUACUCGUACAUGCUUCCAUAUAAUGAGUUCUUUGGUGGCGUCAGCGGCCUGACGGUGCAGCAGUUCAAGAAGAUUAAUGGGUUUCCUAAUGCGUUCUGGGGAUGGGGAGGAGAGGACGAUGACCUCUGGAACAGGGUGCAGUUUGCUAACCUCUCAGUGAGCAGACCACAUGGAGAACAGGGACGCUACAUGUCCAUACCACAUCACCAUCGUGGGGAAGUUCAGUUUCUGGGAAGGUAUAGUCUACUACGUCACUCAAAGGAGCGGCAGAAGGUGGACGGUCUCAACAACCUCAACUACUCGCCCCUUGUGUCCAGGAGGCCUCUCUACACCAACAUCACAGUGAGCCUGAGCAGAAACCUCGCACCUGUGGCCGACUACUGACCGAGGCCCAGCUGGACUGCAGACCACCAGGGAAUCCCAUCAGCCAUAUUUCACCUGUUUCAGCACUGCUUUAGGACUUUCCACUUGAUUGAAUCUUUGUUCUUUUGUUUAUAUGCAAAAAAAGAAAAGAAAAAGAAGAGUUAAAUAAGUGUGUUGGAUAAAUCAUAGAAGAAAACUAGGGAUAUAUGCUGCACCAGUCUGUGCAACAGUCCAUCACUCCUUCCCAUCUGAGCUUAUCUAAUCUUCUCUCUCCACAUGCCUUUUGCACCAUUUUGGCCUUCAGCAUCCAUUCAGCUAUUCAUUCAUUCAUUCAUUCAUUCAUUUUCUGAUUCAAUAAGUUCAUGCCUACACAGCUGUGCUUAUUUCUUGAAAUAUCGGCCACGAUAGCGCAGGUGCACGCAUGCGACAGUGUGACUUGCAUGUGCUGACUCGUUUCCUUAGGCUUUGAUUUACGUUUGUUUUUUGUUUUUUUUUUGCACUUGCCGUAAAAACCUGGGAAAACAUUUACACACACACACCACCACCUCCACCACCACCACCUCCACCACCACCAUCACAUAGCGACUUUAGCCCAGUGGAUUCCUGCAGCUGGUUCUGCAGAUGCCAAAUCUUCAAGUGAAGCGUGCUAGAGAGAAUUCUAUAUAAAGAGUGAGUUUAAUUUAUCCUGACUUUGGAGAAUAUUGAAACCUAGAUCACGUGCUAGUGGCUUGAUUUGGUCCUGUGAACCUAGCGUUUGUGUCUUUGCGUAGUUCCGGCUGUGUGUGUUUGUUCGACCUGUUAGCAAUAAGCUGCAAAAGCAGACAGCGGACGACAUAGAUCCUGACUUCCUUCACUUACACAGAUGCAAUAGAGCGGGUGCUAGCACACACACACACACACACACACACACACUCAGCGCUCACCUCUGCCACACCCCGCCCUCUUUCACCAUCUUUGUCUGUGUCAUGUGACAGUGAAGGAGAGCUAUGCAAAUGGCCCGUGCGUGUGCGUGUGUGCGUGUGUGCGUGCGUGCGCUCUACUGUCAGCGGCGAGAGAACGUCUCAGCCCUGAAACUGUGACACACUUGGCUUGAGACGCUGCUGUGUGUGGUGUGUGUGUGGUGUGUGUGCGGUGUGUCGCUGGGCGUCGCGUGCAAAGUCAGGCAGAGACGGGAAACGGUCGUGGCUUUGUUAUGUUUUCAGAUCCCGCGUCCUUUCAUGUCCAGUCCUCUCGAUUGUUUUUACAGAAGACAAGUGUCGCUGUCACUGGUGUUUACAGAAGCUUCUGCUUUGUUGUGUUUCAGACUGUCUCGUCUUUGUGUCGACGAUCGCCAGCCCUCCUUCACUGUGGGUGCUGUGAAAUCUCCUCAAUGAUAAAUCGAGAGCUGCCUUCAUUUUCUUUGUACUACUUUAUUUUGAAACGUCAGGUAAUGAACUACUGAUUAUCCCUGUUAGCUUGGCACAGACAGGAUGUUGUGAGGUUUUGUUGGAUGGCGUGCGGCGUAAAGGUCAUGUGAGCAGAACAGAUGAAAGCGUCUUGAGAACGGAGCCGGUUCAGUUUACAGCUGAAAAUCUUUCACUUCACUCUCAACGCGUCCUCUACACCCUCCCUCAAUCUAACCAGGCUUUUAUUGUGAAAUAUUUGGAUGUCACUCACUACAGACCUGCAGGUGUGACGGCAUAUGUGCAGUUGCUACAACUCCGCCUCCUUUAUGUGUGUGUGUGUGUGUGUGUGACAAUACAGAACUUCCCAAAAACUGUUAAAUUAAAAGAAAUAGCGUGUGUCCCACUGUCUUUGGUCACUGGCUGUCCUCUCGUCAUGCAGCUACUUCAUUUCACACAAAUCGCCUUGUAUGCAUUUCUGAUGAUGGGGAAAAUGUGGGUGUUUGAAAAAGAAAUGAGAAAAAAUUGAAGAUGCAAAGAGGCUGGCCCUCGUUUUUUUUUUAUUUAUUUGAUCUUUUAUGGAUUCUUUUCUGGAAUUGUCGAGUUUUUGUGUCGCGAUGAUUUAGGUGACCUACUGUAAGACGGUGUUACACGCACUGAAGCCUGUAAUUGUUUGUAAUUGUGUGGCGAUUGUGAGGUUCAGGUCCAUACCAAAAAAA